AUGUCGAAGAAGCACGUCCUUUGCGGGUAUGGGAUCGACGUUGACGCCGUGUCAAACUGGCUGAACACUCAAGAUGGAAAAUUGGUGGACGUCACCAACGUCUCGCGGGGCGUGUUCGGCGCGACUGUUGGGACAGAUCGCUUACUGAAGAUGCUUGACAAAUACAACAUCAAAGCCAGCUGGUAUAUCCCAGCACAUACCCUGGAGUCUUUUCCAAAGAACAUGGCAAAAAUUCGAGAUGCUGGUCAUGAGAUCGGACUUCAUGGUUAUACCCAUGAAUAUAUGAGCCUGCUCACACCUCGGCAAGAGCGUGAUGUGCUACAGAAGUCUAUCGAUGUGCUCACAGCAUUUACGGGCAAGAAGCCAAAGGGCUUCACUGCACCAGCUUGGACGCCAAGUAGAGAGACGAUCUCCCUCCUGGAGGAGGCUGGAAUUGAGUACGACCACAGCAUGAUGCAUCACGAUGCACAGAUGUACUACGCACCUUACGCCCCCGAGUCAAUCGCUGAGACAAACUACAAGGCUGCUGAAGCCUCGGACUGGAUGAAGCCGAUGUCUAUACUGCGUCCUAGCUCUAUCGUCGAGGUGCCUGCUUCGUGGCACCUCGAUGACUGGCCGGCAUUCCAGCCAAAGCCCGCCCUGGGAUCAGCAGGUUUCAUUGACCCUCAUCAUGUCGAGAGGUUUUGGAAGGAGCACUUCUCAUACUGCUACGACAACUUCGAUACAUUUGUGUUUCCGAUAUCGAUCCAUCCGCAAGUCAGCGGAAAGCCGCAGAUAUUGAUGAUGCACCAGCGCCUGAUCGAGUGGAUCAACGGCCACGAAGGCGUCGAGUGGUGUACUUUUGGCGACAUGGCGAACAGAUUCCGGCAGGGAGACUUUCCAGGAGUGACUGUCGAAGGGGGCGCUGAGGGAUAG